UUUCUUUGCCUCCUGUUGAAACGGUUCAAAAAUAGCCAUGUCACCAAACCCAAAUAAAAAUGAGUGACAGAAGAAAAGGUAUUUGAAGUCCACACAAUCCACUCUCAGUCUGUUAGAAAGAGAGAACGUAAAGGUGAAGGCAGCACAUUUCCAAACUAACUCCAGAAAGCCUGGUGGAAGAAGCUACUUCUAUAUUUAUUAAAAAAAUGAACAGAUAUACUGGCUCCAAACGCCAUCAUGUGGUAGUCCAUGAUGCCCAUGGCUUGAAGAAUUUCUGGGAGGAAAUCAUUGAAACACACAGCAAGAGCAAACAAAUUGAUGAUUUACGAUUGACCAGAAGUGCUUUGAACAAGCUCCGCCGUGAAUGGGCUCAGAGACUGGAAGGUCGAAUAAAGAUGCUUCAGAAGACAAGCGAAAAACCCAAAGUGCAGGGUAGCCUGCUGCCAAUUGAAACUUUUCAGCCGAUGCAUAAAACAGCAGCCUAAAAUGGUUGCUGAAAUGAAAGAGGGCUUAUCGUUCUCAAUGACUGAAUCUAAUUUUGAUCUUGCACGCACCGUUAUGAAUGUGAACAGAAAUUCCAGUGAAUUCUAAGGUAUAAACGAGCAAGGAAGAGAGAUCAAACUCAGUUCAUACUUUACUUCAAAGUUCAGUAUAGCUCAGAUAAUCACAAAAUCAUUAUGAUUAAGAGUUCAAAGCUUAUGGUUUCAACUAAAAGUAUUACUAUGUCUCUGUUAGCUUAUCACAUUGAUCAAGUGAUAGCUUUAUCGUACUUUGGCAAUAAAGAAUUAUUUUCUUUCUAUGUGAUGAUGAUGAUGACAAUGGUGGUGGUGAUGAUGAUAAUGCUCGAAUUUGCCUUCUAUAUGUAUCCCUGGAAUCCCCCACCCCUCACCCCACAAACUAGGCUUCUUGAGGCUGAAGCGCCUACAACAGUGGUUCUCAAUCUGUGGGUUGCCAAGUGUUUUGGCCUACAGCUCUCAGAAAUCCCAGCCAGUUUACCAACUGUUAGGAUUUCUGGUGAUUGAAGGCCAAAAUAUCUGAGAAUCCACAAGUUGAGAACCACUGGUCUACAAUUUUGAGAAGGUCAAGCAUCUUCUUGCAUCACCUGCAUUAGAAAUAGCAAGUGUUCCUUUAGAAAUAUUUUUUCCAAGUUGAACUGUCUACUCCCACUUUCAUUUCAGUAAAAUAAUCUGUUAAGGAUCAUCUCUAUUUUCCUAGAGUAGGCAGAAGGAGGGUGGAAGCUAAGUAGCCAUUACAUAAAGAUCGAUGACUAGGUUCAUUCAAUGUACUCUCAAUGGUGACUCUCAGCCUGUGUAUCCCCAGGUGUUUUGGCCUAUAACUCCCAGAAAUCCCAGCCAGUUUACCAACUGUUAGGAUUUCUGGGAGUUGAAGUCCAAAACAUCUGUCAACCUACAGGUUGAGAACCACUGUAUUAGCAAGACAGAACUGAAAAGAAGGAUAGGCAGAUAGGAAGCUGGAAGGAAGGAAGGAAGGAAGGAAGGAAGGAAGGAAG